AUGACGGCCAAUAUCGACAUGUCAAGACGAAACAAGAAGCCAAGGCUGUUGCACGAGAAUGAGAGAGCGCGGUUGGAGGAAUUUAUCGAUUCGAUCGGAUACUCUGCAAGGUAUUCUGAUUCAGAAUAUGAGUAUCGUCACGUCCAACUGCCGAAAGCGAUGUUGAAAGUCAUUCCCCGAGAUUACUUUGACGAGUCUAAGGGUACGCUCAAGCUCUUGUGGGAAGAAGAAUGGCGAGGUCUUGGAAUCACACAGAGUCUUGGGUGGGAACAUUACGAGGUUCACGAGCCGGAACCACACAUUCUGCUGUUCAAGCGUCCGAUUGGUUAUCAGCCUCCAGCUCAAUGA